GGAAUUGGUCAAUUGGUCCAGGUGCCGUCCCCCACGCAGGUGGUGGUGGCGUGUGCGCCUAAUGGAUCGCUUACGAGCCGACGCGCACGGCCCUUGCCUCGGCAUACCCGAGGGGUACCUGGACAGCGUUGUGGUCAAGGCUUACCACGUGGACAUCGCUCUGGCCGUAGAGGAGGCGGCGUUCUCGGGGCUCGUCAGGAUUCCGGUGCACGUCAAGCCGGGGUCGGCGGCGGCGGCGGCCUGCAGAACGUUUUAUCUCCAUGCCGCCGCGGGGCUGCGGGUUUCAGCCGCGAGCGUGAACGGCGUGCCCGCCGUCAUCGUGCGGGGCCGUGCGACGAGCAUCGAGGUACCCGAGGAAGCUGCAGUUUACGGCGGCGAGUCGGCAGUCAUUGAGGUUCAUUUUGCGGGGUUGAUCAGCAAGUUGCGGACCGACGGCUUGUACAUGAUCGAGACCGUGGGCAAGAAGUCGGAUGCAGGUGCGGAGAAAGCAGUAGUGGGAAGGCUGCGGGCGGAAGGCAGCCAAGGGACAGAACAAGAGGGGGGGGGAGGGGGAGAGGGAGAAACUAGAGGACAAGGGGGUAGCAAGGCAUCUAUUGACAUUCGCAGGAACGGUGCUGCCGUUCAGGCUGUCGCCAGCGGCGGCAGCAGCAGCGGCUGCAGCAGCACCCCCCCCAGCAGCACCCUGGCUGCCCAUUCCCCGGGGAUUGUUCUCGGCACGCACCUGGAGCCAACACACGCUCGAGAGCUCCUCCCCUGCGUCGAUCUCCCUAGCUCCAAGGCUGUCUUCCACCUCACUCUUCGCGGGGUCCCGCGGCAACUUCAGGCCAUCUCGAACACCCCGAUACUGCGCACCGAAGACGAGACAGCAGCGGCAGAUGAUGGAGGCUGCCGCUAUGCGGUCAAGACAGUAGUGUUUCAGCCGACCCCCGCAAUGCCCACAUACGUCUUCGGUUUUUGGGUGGGAGAUUUCCAUUGCGUUUCCGCGCAAGCCUUGAUGACCGCUGCCGUUCGGAGCAACGACGUGUCUCCACCGCCGCCACUGCCGGCUCGUUUGGAGGAGGAGGAGGAGGAGGACGCAGUCCAGAUCAACGUGCACGUCGUGCGGGGGGUCGGUUUGAAAGGAGUGGAGUUUGCGUUGGAGUUUGCCACGCGUGCUUUCGAGCUGUUCUCGAAACUGUUCUCGAUCCGGUUCCCGAUUCCAAAGCUAGACCUGAUUGGGCUGCCACAAAUGCACGGGCUUGGCAUGGAGAAUUUCGGGGCGAUUACCUGCCUGCAGGAAUUCCUGGUGGUUACACCCGACACGACGUUCGUGCGACGUCGGCGCAUCGCCCGACUAAUUUGCCACGAGAUAAGCCACAUGUGGUACGGCGACCUGGUUACACCCCACAGCUUCGAUGAACUCUGGCUGAAAGAGGGUAACGGCAGCACGGUCUUCACGAGCACUGUCGACGCUCUGGACCCGUCGUAUCACGUGUGGAACAACUUCAUGAGCGAGGUGUUCGUCCAGGCAAUGCUGGCAGACUUGCAGGAGAACAGCCAUCCGGUGGUGCAACGGCACGACGGCAACAUCGCGAGCAUUCUUGAAAGUUUCGACACGAUAACGUACUGCAAAGGCGCGAGCGUCCUCCGGAUGCUGUACCGCUGCGUUGGUCCCGAUCGAUUCCUCAGAGGGAUGGCGGACUUCGUAGUUUCGCAUCAGUACCGCUGCGCGACUCAGGAGGACCUGUGGAAGGCAGUACAGGGCGUGUGCGACCGCGACGGCGUCGCUUUAGACGUUCGUGGCCUCAUGCAGCCGUGGCUCACCCGCCCGAAGUUCCCCAUGCUCCGCGUGCGGAUGGUGGGCGACGCUCUCAGCAUCACUCAGCAACCUUUCUCCUUCUUCCCGUUUCCUCGCGGCGGGAGCUUUCCUCCUCCAAGCGGGGUCGACUCAGCAGCUCAUAGAGCUGUUAGCCAGGGGGGCGCCGGCGAGUGGGUGGUGAGCAGCGAGGACGGGGCCGGGCGGUCAGCGAAGGUACUCCGGAUGGGUUCCGCCGCCGCCGGGGGUGCGCAAGCGCAAGGCCAAGCUAGCCCGUCGCCGCCGCUUGACGAUAGCACGAGGAGCGAGGGUAGUGCGAGCGCCGCCGCCGAGAUGCAGGUGUCCGAUGAUGAGCGGCCUCCGGUGGCGGGGGUGACGCAAUCUGGUUCGGCCUGCUGGGCUAUUCCGCUGCGGAUUCGAAUGUCGCGGGUGAUGUUGCCGGAGGACGGAGGACUUGGUGCCGCGGGGAGGGGGGAGAGGCACCACGGCGCCGGGCCGGCAGGGGAAGCAGCAGCAUCGGGUAAGGACACGCACCGCUUCCUGUUGGUCGAGAGGUCGACGUCGGUGGCGCUGCGAUGCGAAUCGGCCGAUGCAUCCGUAGGCAGGGUUGAGAGUAUCGACAGCAAUAGGCGCAACGGAGGAAAAAGACCCCCCUACAUGGUGGUGAACGACGACCACAGCGGCUUUUUUACGGUCCAGUACGAGUGCGUGAGGAGCUGGCGGCUCGCCCUCGCCGCCGUGGAGCAGGGCGUCCUGAACGAGUGCGAGACGAUGGGGUUCGUCCACGACCUCGUCAUCGCGCUCCACGAGGGGGUGCUGCUCGAUCGCCGGGCGGCGUGCUUGACGAUCGCUGGCGCGCGCGGCAGAGGCGGUGGCGGUGAUCUGCAGUGCGACGUACCGUGCCUCUUUUCCCGCCUCGAGGAGGUGGUGCGGCUGCUAGACCGCGGCCACCCUGCCUGGUGCACGGGGCAGCUGUUCCUCUGGGAGCUGCUCGUCAUGUGCGCCUCGAACGUCCUAGGCGAGGUCUACGAGCUGUCCCGCAGGAGGCGUGAGGCUGCCCUGGUCCAGAAACGCUUACGAGACACCCUCGAGUUCGAGAGACUCGUUGCCGUGACCGGGGGCGGCAACAGCGAGGCGGGCUCCGCACAAGAGGAGGGCGGAGCGCCGCGUCCACACGGAGAGAGCGGCCGUGACUGUACCCCUGAGGGAGAGGGGGCAACGACCGUUCCGGCGAUGGUGCCACCGCCGCGGCCGCCGGUCCUGGACAGCGAGGUCGCGUCCGCAGCGGAACGCCUGCGCAACAUCACCGCCGACGUCGAGCGGGCUUCCGCGGUGGUGGAGGGGCACGCCGAGUGGUACGCGGAGCGGGCCGUGUUCGGGGAGGAGCGGGCGAACGAGGGCCUCCAGUCCCUGCGAGCCAUGCAAGACCGGCUGGACAGGAGUCGGGCUCAGCUGGCGUGGGCUCAGCAGAACGGAGUGCUCGAGGCUGCUGUGGUUUGAGAACUCUGGAGAGUUCAUGAUUUAACGGACCCCGGGUAGGUUUUUGACUCCCGAGAGGAUUCGUCGGGCAAACCGUAUUCCUAGUGCGCUACUGCAUCCGUAUUGUCUGUACAAAUAAAUACGUUAGUUAGGAACGCGUUCUGUACAUCGUUGUAAAGCAACAGUAUCUUGAUAUCUCGCGUUAGUCCAUGUUUAAAGUCAUUAUCAUCCCCAUUUACUUGUUGUGACCGGGAGUUCGGUAAAUCCCAGGAAUUGAGCGUGCCUCUAUGCCAAGAAGGCCUGGGGUUCGCCGUCGUUCGGAGAUGCCGUCAGUUCACACCGACCAGUCGUGCCAAGGCCCGAAGAUCCACGUGUAGAGUAAUGAAGAAACGCAGACACCCGCCAGGGCCAAAACUUAAAAGUGGGUCGUGGGGGGAGGUUACUUUUGGUGAAGCGAACAAUUUUUUUGUGUUGUUUUAUUUACUAACGCCGAACCGAGUCAGUUUCGCCAGGGGCAGGCAUAUCAAUGUUGGGGGGGGCGUACUUAUGUUUUGUGUGCCUCAGCUGUUAGAUCAUUGACCACGCGUCCUGGAGAGGACGGAGUAGGUUGGGGGGGAGGGUAGAGCUACAACGGUGUUCAGAUGGUGCAUGUUCAGUAGGUAGUGCUUCAACAGAGUGUUGAGAUAGAAGACGAAUGAGCCGAACACGUCCC